AUGAGUAAGGAAACGAUCGAUUCUCUCAAUGAAAAGCUGGAAAAGGCCUCACGAAUCCUCAAGUUAUCUGAAGUGAAUCGCAGGUAUGAAACUGAGAGAGAGCGUUUGAUUCCUUUUGAAACGGAAUUGGAAAGCACGACGGCUUUAGCUUCGGUCGCUGAAUCUGCCAUGGAAGAUUUGAUGGACGGUGAGGAAAAGAAGUUCACUGAAUCUGAGUGGCAACAGCUCGAUCGUUUCUACAAACGUUUCAAUAAGGUUCUUCUGGACAAUUUAGCACUCGAACAGGAGAAGGAGCACUUGGUAGAUCAAAACAAAAAGCUUCGUGACAUGUUGAAACAAUAUUUGGAUGGUAUCACCGUUAAUGAAGAUGUUCUCAAUAGUAGAAAUCCACUCUUAAUUGUAGAUCCAUUAAUUAAGGGACGAUCCCACGAGCCAGGAGCCAAAGAACUUGUCGUCGUUUCUGCCACAAGUAGACAAACAGAAAAGGUGAAGAUUGGAAAUUAA